AUGAAGCGUCAAGAAACGAAUCAGGAAACCAGACUAGGAUACCGCGGCAUGAAACGUCAGAAGGCCGGUACGCGUUUUACGGCGAAGCGCGUUCUUUAUGCGCUGCACCGCACACAUGCCAAUCGACCAUCAGAACAUCGCGAGGCUGGGGCGGAGUACCGACAUGAAUGCAGCCUGGAAAACAUGGAGCGCAUCAUGUUGGUCCCAGAAAACUGUGCUGCGCCGCAAGUCGCGCAGGUGGGGGCUCUUCUUCUCUUGUUCAGAUUGUCUUCCGGUUCAAUGGCUUCUUCGAUGUUGCUGGUCAACGGCCCUACUUCCCUGUCGACUUUCACGAUGCUCACGACUUCCGCAACACCAACUGGUCUCUUUAUCUCCAACCCGCCUUUAAUCUCGAUUUCUUCAGCGUCCAAUCUCACUCAGACAUCAACGGCGGCAGCAUUGCCUGGACAAUCGAAGCUCCCGGCGUCGACAAUUAUUUUGAUGGCUGUUAUUCCGACGCUUGCUGUCACAAUGAGUCUAGGAGCGAUAGCAGUCCGCUUGAUCAAAAACCGGCGAGAGCGGCAAACAAACGCAGACGAGAAAAAGGGGCCCAGACACUGGGAGGUGGAUGCGGUCGAAUCGGCGCUGUCCCGGAAAGAAUACGAUCGCAGGCGGAAGAAGACUCCGGCGGAGCUCGAGACAGUUGAAAGACCAGUGGAGCUAGACGCUUCUAGUGAAAGGCGGGCCGGGCGGUAUCGUGGAGGUUGA